UUACAUAACGGUCACUCGGGGCCGGACACUGCCUUCCUGUUGUCCAGUUCAUCCUCUCUACAAAAUGACUCUGUUUUCACUGACUGUUACGGUAGUUUUUCUACUGUGUACCAAUCAUGGUGUAAAUGGCUACUCUUCGUACGUACCGGCUUCGGCUUGUGACGACAUGGUCCCAGCUCACAAAGUUCCAGGACAGACGUCGAGCCCUCCGUACGAGCUACUUGUGGAUAAACAGACGUACAGCGUGGGAGAACAAAUCAACGUUACUAUACAGCAAACGGGCUCCCAGACUUUUGAAGGCUUCUACAUCCAGGCUCGGCCCGUAGGACGGAAUGAACCGGUGGGAACGUUUACGGCUCUUGAUGAUGAUAUCACCCUGGUUGUGGACUGUGCUCCGGACACACAAAAUGCUGUUGGACACAGAAGAACCAACUACAGUCUACCAAUUGUACAGAAGACGGUUGUUUCGGUUAUCUGGACUGCACCAAAUGUUACUGUGGGGGACAUCCAGUUUAGGGCUACAGUUCUUCAAAACUUCACAACAUUUUGGGUCAACGCCCUGGCGUCUCCUGUCAUUACUGACCCCACCGCUACACAGGGACCUACCAACGUUCCCAUAGCAACAGGAGCAACCACGCCCUCUAGCUCAACGAUCGGCCCGGUUGUUGGCGAGGAUCCACUCGGGAUCACCACGGAUGGAUGUGGGGUAACUAAGGGGUGUUAUGGGGUCCCUGACGGCUGCUCCCCACCAAACUGUGACCUUUUGUCGACCUGGGUAACCGACGCUACCACUGAAACUGUCAUCGUCGAAGUUACAGGAAAAAGCGAUGGUUACGUCGCCAUAGGGUUUUCCCGAGACAAGAUAAUGGCUGAUGACGACAUGUACGAAUGUGUGCGUCACCCGACAGACGGAAACAUCGAGGUGUUCUCUAGCUACUCUACAGGACAUAGCAGGCCGACUAGGGAUGAUACAAAUUCCGGAGUCAGUAAUGUAGAAGUUGCGUACAGCAAUGGUUUGCUGUCCUGUCGGUUCCACCGAGCUGUACGGCAGACAGCACGGGCAGGGACAGGAGCUGACCAGUAUUUCGACCUCGGCAACUCUUCCUACCAUAUCUUCCUGGCUGAAGGACCUUCGGAGGUGCAGUCUGAUGGUUCAGUGCAGAUCCGCCGUCACACCAGCAGAGUCUACUCGGACCAACCCGUAGAUGUUAUGAGUAUUGGUCAGGUAGCCGCAACUUCUACAGGAGCAACUACGCCCCCUAGCGCUACGGUCGGCCCAGUUGUUUCUGAGGAUCCACUUGGGAUCACCACGGAUGGAUGUGGAGUAACUAAGGGGUGUUACGGAGUUCCUGACGGCUGUUCUCCUCCAAACUGUGACCUUUUGUCGACCUGGGUGACCGACGCUACUACUGAAACUGUCAUCGUCGAAGUGACUGGAAAAAGCGAUGGUUACGUCGCCAUUGGGUUCUCCCGAGACAAAAUAAUGGCUGAUGACGACAUGUACGAAUGUGUACGUCACCCUGACGGAAACAUCGAGGUGUUCUCUAGCUACUCUACAGGACAUAGCAGGCCGACCAGAGAACCCACAAAUUCCGGAGUCAGUAAUGUAGAGGUGGCGUACAGCAAUGGUCUGCUGUCCUGUCGGUUCCACCGUGCUGUACGGCAGACAGCACGGGCAGGGACAGGAGCUGACCAGUACUUCGACCUCGGCAACUCUUCCUACCACAUCUUCCUGGCUUCCGGUCCAACACAAGUCCAGUCCGAUGGUUCGGUGCAGAUCCGCCGACACACCAGUCGUGUCUACUCGGAGAACCCGAUAGAUGUGACCAGUAUCAGUCUGGUCGCCACUGCCUCUACACCCCUACUCGUCAAGUUACAUGCUGGUCUGAUGAUGAGCGCUUGGAUGUUCACCGUCAGUAUCGGAGCCGUGUUGGCGCGGUUUUAUAAACCCAUGUGGCCCAACAGCACCUGGUGUGGAGUCAAAGUCUGGUUCGCAGUUCACCGUGCUGUUAUGAUCCUUACUGUACUGAUGGCUGUCGCUGCGUUUGUCAUCAUAUUUGUCUUCAAAGAAUGGACCUUCGUCACGGGAUUCAAUGCUACAAUCCACGCCGUUAUGGGUAUCAUUGUGACAAGUCUUGCUGUUAUCCAGCCAUUCAUGUCGCUUCUGCGCCCUGGACCAGAUGAACCAAAUCGCGUGGUGUUCAACUGGUUUCACUGGGGGUUCGGGACAGCGGCGAGGAUAAUGGCCAUUAUCGUGAUGUUCCUGGGUCUGGACUUCCCCGCCAUGGAUCUGCCUGAUGAAGCCAUGUACGUGCUGGCCAGCUGGGUGGUGUGGCAAGCUCUGUCAGAGGUCAUUCUGGAACAGGAGGCUCUGCUCAAGUGUUGUGGUCAAGCUGACACAAAGGAAAAGGAGUCAAAAGAACACGAGGAAAUUGAGAUGCAAACCCAGAAGAGCCCCAGCUCUGUCGACCUGAACCCUGAACCUAAGGCAGCCAAACCGUCCGGUUCUGGGUUUAAGAACGGUUUCCUGGCCAUCUACCUACUCGUCCUGACGGGGUUCACAGCUGCAAUGUACAGCUUCAUCGCACUACACUAAAGGCGCCGUCAAAACUGGUCGUGACAUCCACAUGUAUUUGUGGUAGCGUUUUCAGCGAGGCUAUGUUAUAAGGCUAGGGCUGGGUACCGGUACGUUGUACCUAUAUAAAACCGGUUUUUCUCAUUGGACCGGUCCAGAAAAACCGGACCUAAAAAAUCCGUGGACCGGAUGUUGGACCGAAUGGAAAAUAAACUGAUUGUAUAGUCAGGCAUUCGCACGUUUUCGGGGUUGCCGAUCUAGACAAAUAACAAGAGCGAAGCGGAGUAGAGUCUAUAGCCAUUUUACCAACUUGAACAGUCAAUCGUACAGAGGUAGUUAGCCUUGUAGGAUUUUUAAAACGCCAGUUGGAGUCGAAUAUUACACAAAACAGAUGUCUUUGUAGCAAAAUGGACCAAUGCUUUGAGUAUCGUCCAUUCACAAGUUUUCACGUUAUGAAUCAGGUCCAAGUUCAGGUCCGGACCUGGACCUGAUCCUCUGGACCUGAACCGUACCUGGACCUGAAUUUUCUGUACCGGUACCAACCCCUACCGUAUACGUAGCUUUACGUAGGACAGAGGUACAGCCGAAUGUAUCAGAAGGAUAGUAACCUUAUGUUGUUCCAGUGCUGUAAUUGUUGGUUUGUUACAGAUUUGUACCACAUAAACACGACUGAACCAGAAAUGACCUCAAGUUGCUGUCGUAAAAUUGUCGUACGAAUGCCGUGCGAUUGAUGCGACUGGGCACUACGUAAUCGUUACUGCUGAAUCUUUAAACAGUAAUAUUUGACUAGAACUAGUGACGCAAACUUAGUAACUAACUAGUAGGCUUUUUCUUUAGUGUACUUUGUUACUGUAAAACAUUGACCGGUUGCUUAUUCUUUGUGUUGUAUUAGAUUUAGAUUUAUUGAAAUUUAAGACAAUACAUAGCAAACCGAGACAGAUUAGAUGUUAUUGGGUGCCAACAAAUACAUACAUUUACACUUCUUAUCAAUGAAGACAAACUCUUUGAAAAAAUUCAAUUACCAGAAUUAUCGAUAUAUCCAUCAUUAGAAAUGCCAUGAUUGUCCUACAAAUAUUAUAAGUAUUACCCCUAUGUUAUGAAAUUCACAAAUAUUGUAAAUUGUAUGUAACAUAUAUGUCUAAAUGAACCAAUAUUUAAUUCAAAAAGAUAAAAAUCGUUCCAAAUCUAUGAAUAAGCACACCAUGGUUUCAAUGCG